GCUGAAGAAGGAGAGGAGUGCAGAAGAGGUGAGGAAGAGCGUUUAGAGUCGAGCUCUGGUUCCCACACCGAGGAGCUUCAUCGCUCAGACUCUCUGUCCCUCUGCUGCUUUCUCUCCCUGCCGGGUCAACCUCAGCGUCUGAAGGGCCAACGCCACACCCAACAGCAGGAUGCAGCGCAUCAGGGAAAGCAUUCACAUUCGCACCAUGAAGGCCAAGAGAAAAGUGGAGGAGAUCUCUAAAGAGGACGUUCAGGCCUUCCUGAAGAAGAACUCCUUUGUGCUCUUCACAGUUGGAGCAGUUAUUGUAGGAAUCGUUCUCGGAUUCGCGCUGCGCCCCUACAAAAUGACCUAUCGAGAAGUGAAGUACUUCUCCUUCCCUGGUGAGCUGCUGAUGAGGAUGCUGCAGAUGUUGGUCCUGCCUUUGCUGAUCUCCAGUCUAAUAACAGGAAUGGCAGCUUUGGACAGCAAAGCCUCAGGAAAGAUGGGCAUGAGAGCCGUAAUUUACUACAUGACCACAACCAUUAUCGCAGUGUUCAUCGGUAUUAUCAUCGUGCUCAUCAUCCACCCAGGAAAAGGCUCUAAAGAUGAGUUUGGGAAGCAGCAGACCAUCGAGCAAGUCAGUCCUGCCGAUGCCUUCCUGGACCUGAUCAGAAAUAUGUUCCCACCAAACUUGGUCCAAGCCUGCACGCAACAGUUCAAAACCAAAUAUGGAAAACGAACAGUUCAUGUGACGGUGACUGUGAAUGACACCCUCUUUAACUCAACCAACGGCACCCAGGAGACCAUGGAGAUCACAAGAGAGGAAGUUAUCCCGGUGCCAGGUCAAGUGAACGGGGUCAAUGCUCUCGGGCUGGUGGUCUUUUCCAUGUGCUUUGGUCUAAUCAUUGGCAACAUGAAAGAGCAGGGCCAGCUCCUGCGGGAUUUUUUUGACAGCCUGAACGAAGCCAUCAUGCGCCUGGUCGCCAUCAUUAUGUGGUAUGCUCCCAUUGGCAUCUUGUUCCUGAUUGCAGGAAAGAUUGUGGAGAUGGACGAUCUGACCCAGAUGGGUGGCCAGCUGGGCAUGUAUACCAUCACGGUCAUCAUCGGCUUGAUGAUCCAUGCUGUUCUUAUUCUGCCCACUCUUUAUUUUGUCAUUACUCGCCAGAACCCCUUCAUCUUCAUCGCAGGGCUCCUGCAAGCUUUGGUAACGGCUCUGGGGACCUCCUCCAGCUCCGCCACGCUGCCAGUCACCUUUAAAUGUCUGGAAGAAAACAACAGAAUCGAUAAGAGGAUCACUCGCUUCGUGCUGCCCGUGGGCGCCACCAUCAACAUGGACGGAACCGCACUGUAUGAAGCAUUGGCAGCCAUCUUCAUUGCUCAGGUCAACAACAUGGAGAUGAACUUUGGACAGAUUAUCACCAUCAGUAUCACAGCAACUGCAGCCAGCAUUGGUGCUGCCGGCAUCCCUCAGGCAGGUCUGGUUACCAUGGUGAUUGUGCUGACCUCCGUUGGACUUCCCACUGAUGACAUCACUCUCAUCAUUGCAGUUGAUUGGUUCCUGGAUCGUCUGCGCACUACCACCAAUGUCCUGGGCGACUCGAUUGGCGCUGGCAUUGUCGAGUUCCUGUCCCGGCACGAGCUCCGCAGCAAAGAUGUGGAGAUGGGAAACUCAGUGCUGGAGGAGAAGGAGAGAAAGAAACCUUACAAACUCAUCUCCCAGGACAGCGACUUCGAGAAUGACAAACGCGGCCACAGCGAAUCCAACAUGUAGCUCUGAGGUCAGCAGGCGCGCAUGUAGGGUUCCCGACUCCCAGAGCGGGGACCGGAUCUACUGUCAUGACUUCACAUCGUGGCUUUGUUAACAUUCCUUUACUGGUCCAUCCCAGAGGCCAAAACCACAUCAUCCAUCAGUGUGUCACAUAGUUAGCUAGUGUCCGACUUGUGUUUGCUGCUCUAAUUACAGGCUGGGCGUUGGCCAUAUAAAAGGACCCCCAAUAAAAGGAAGUGGGGACAAAGCUCAUCUGUUAAAGUGAAAAAUAUAAUCACACUCUGUGGUUUCAGUCACAGACUGUAUAAAAAGAUAGACACAGUCAUCACUAGUUUGACUCUAGACCUUCAUUAGUCUCACGAUUUAUUAAACACGACUCAGUGAUAAACGAUUCACUGAGGUCAAAGGGGAAGGGAGGAGGAGCAUAUCAACACAUACAUCUGUGAAACAAGAGUUGCUCCCUGUUGGUUGUUACCAAGAAUGAAGUUCCAAUCUUUUACAUAUAGUCUGUGAUUUUGACCUAAUUUAAAAUCCUAAAAGAGUUUCUUUAUCUUCCUGACUUUAGCAUACUGAUAUUGUGAUUAUUAUUAUUAUUAUUAUUUUAUAGCUUAGUGAUACCGCUUCAUGCACACACCUAAACCUUUGCACUCUGUGUGUGAGUCAGCAAGACUCACUGGGGUUUUUAUAAAGUGCUAAUGUACGUUAGACGUGACACAUAAACGUGUUAACGUUAAUGAUUUCAUCAUAAAGCUGUAAACUGGUGUUUUGUUUAUUCUGACUUCAGUGAAAUAAACAGAGCAAAUCA